UCUGAAAAAUUAACCAGUGAAAAAUUUUUUUUUUAAUUCGCAGAAAGACAUUUCUAUGAGAGCUUGUGUUUUAAGUUUUAUGCAAUUUUCAACAGUUCUGAUUCUCUUUACAAUACCUAAUUAUUUAAGUAAUUAAAUGCGGAUAGAUAAAAUAUAAUAAUUGAAUAAUAUGCUUAGUGAUUUUAAUGAUUACACAUUACAAUAAUAUACUCUGAUUAAUGAUGAGUAAAUGUUUCGUAAAUAUGUAAAAUCUUUAUGACACCUUUAUGACUGUUACGCAGAUGUAACUAUCGAAAGUUUUUGUGAAUUUGUAUCGGAUUUCUUAUACGCGAUAUACGUGGAUGGUUUAAUAUACGGUAAUGUUACCGAAGCAGAUGCUCAAACUGUAGCUGAUAUGAUCGAGAACAAGUUAUCCAAUGUGUCCAAAUCAUUCAAGCCCAUAAGAAAAUAUGAUCGUAGUAUUCUAGUGGAUAAUAAACAUUAUUACGUCUUUUGCAAGGGGAACAAGGUCAGCCUGGAUUCGUGUAUGCUGGUAUUUUGUCAAAUUGAUAGGAAAACGAUACAAUGGGAUGUGAUCUUAGAUUUUAUAGGAGAAGUAAUUAAUCAAAUUAAUUACACUAUAUUUAAAGAGAAGACAUCGCUGAUCUACGCACCGUGCGUUGAUGUCUACAGAUCGGUCGGAACGCAAGGCUUGGUAAUUAUGGUGCAAUACACAAAGUCGAACGUAGACAAAUAUAUUCAAGAAUUUUUGUUGACUGUUAUGGAGCACAUAAACAAUAUGUCCGAAGAGAUGUUUAAGGCAAUCAAGGAGCUCAUGAUUCAAGUCCGUCGCGACAAAAAACCGAAGACAAUGCUGGAGCAGUCCGAAGUACUCUGGAAUGAAAUUUUGAAAGACCAAUAUAUCUUCGGACGAAUCGAUUUGGAAAUAGAAGAAUUACACAAGUUAACGUUGCGCGAAUGUCAGCAAUUUUUCAAGAAAUUUCUAAUUGAUAAAUCUCCUAAUUUGUCAGUAUAUCUGAUACCCUGCAUGAUUUUGAAUCUUACUAAGCGCGGGAAUGUUGGUGUGCCCAAGGUAAUGUUUGAAAAGAACGUUAAGAGAAUCACCGAUAUCCUGUCAUUUAAAUGUAGUCAGUGUUUAUGUGCGAUGCCAAAUUGUUAAAAAAAAAACUUGGUUCCUUCAAUUUUCUAAGUCUAAUUAUUGAUCUAAAUUAGUUAAGAGAAAAAGGUAAAAACUUGAUCUUCAAGUUUAACUAAAAUGGCGCAAUUUGUUUUGUAAUAUUUAGUGUUGAGAUGUCAAUCAAUAAACAUUUGUCACUUUUUAAUUAAAAAUUAUCAAUAUAAUAUCAAUAUUAAGUUAACAUAUAAUAAACGUAUGAUGAAACAUUUA